GCGUACUUCCUGUGCGCGAUGUUCGGGUUUGCCUUGGGUGGGGAGAGUUUAGAAGGGAGCACACUUCCGGUGCCCUUUCUCCCGCGAGCUCCUGGGGCUCGGAUCCUCGUGUGAAGGGUGCGAUUUCUAAACUGGAGUGGGGUAGAGGGAGGCCGGCACCCCCUCCUGAUCUUUGGUGCCGCCGGCCUCAGUAUUGAACAUGGCCCAGAACUUGAAAGACUUAGCAGGACGACUGCCCUCCGGGCCCCGGGGCAUGGGCACCGCGCUGAAGCUGCUGCUGGGGGCCGGCGCCGUGGCCUACGGGGUCCGCGAGUCCGUAUUUACCGUUGAAGGCGGGCACAGAGCCAUCUUCUUUAAUCGAAUCGGUGGCGUGCAGCAGGACACCAUUCUCGCCGAGGGCCUUCAUUUCAGGAUCCCCUGGUUCCAGUACCCCAUCAUCUAUGACAUUCGGGCCAGACCCCGAAAAAUUUCCUCCCCCACAGGCUCUAAAGACCUGCAGAUGGUGAACAUCUCCCUGCGAGUGCUGUCUCGACCUAAUGCAAUGGAGCUUCCCAGCAUGUACCAGCGCCUAGGGCUAGACUAUGAGGAGCGAGUGUUGCCGUCCAUUGUCAAUGAGGUGCUCAAGAGUGUGGUGGCCAAGUUCAACGCCUCGCAGCUGAUCACCCAGCGGGCCCAGGUAUCCCUGUUGAUCCGACGGGAGCUGACAGAGAGGGCCAAGGACUUCAGCCUUAUCCUAGAUGACGUAGCCAUCACAGAGCUGAGCUUUAGCCGAGAGUACACAGCUGCCGUAGAAGCCAAACAAGUGGCCCAGCAGGAGGCCCAGCGGGCCCAGUUCUUGGUGGAAAAGGCAAAGCAGGAACAGCGGCAGAAGAUUGUGCAGGCCGAGGGUGAGGCCGAGGCUGCCAGAAUGCUUGGGGAAGCACUGAGCAAGAACCCGGGCUACAUCAAGCUGCGCAAGAUCCGGGCAGCCCAGAACAUCUCCAAGACGAUCGCCACCUCACAGAAUCGUAUCUAUCUCACGGCUGACAACCUUGUACUGAACCUACAAGAUGAAAGUUUCACCCGGGGAAGUGACAGCCUCAUCAAGGCUAAAAAAUGAGUCUGGUGAUCAAGAAUCCACCCCUGGAAUCAAGAAUCAAGAAGAAGUGGAUGUUUCACCCCUGGUGUUUGAGGAGCCAGUUUGGGGUCCAGCACACCCUCACCCCAUCCCCAAUGUCACGUGUUGGUCCCCUCUACAUCUGUCCUCCCAACCCUUCUCAGAUGAAUGAAAACUGACCCAUUUUCAAGGGAAUGACUUUCUUCCUCCCUGUGUUGGCAGGGGUUGUUGGGACAGUGUAUGAUUUCUCAGUGAUUUCCUACAGCGUUGGCUCCUCCCUCGAGGUUGGGAGGCAAUAACCACCAUCCCAGGAAUUCUCAAUAAAUUUUUAUUACUUAAGCUGAA